UUAAGGCCAAACAACAUAGAAAAUUUUAGGUAUUUUCAUUCCAUUCCUUGUCUUUCCCUUUGUUCAUUCCAUUCCGAUUACCCCUUGCGAACCAAAGGACCUCUAAAAUAGUAAAAUUUACCCAAACAAGAUAAAUCCUUUUUGUCAUUCUUCCCUUAUCCAAAUGCAAAUCUAAAUCAAUAAAUCCAUUUUGUUUGCCCAUAUCAUGCUGAUGCACAACCAUUAUCCAUCUCAACUUUUAUAAAUGGGACACAAAAUCAGCCAAAGUUUUCUGAAUUUUUUAGUCAUACUACUGCAAUUUUUUAGAGAGAGAAAUGGAAGUAGAAUUUCAAGGUUCUAUUUUUCACAAACUUCGAGCGGAAAUUCCUCCUAUUACUAGACCCAAUAAUACCCAUAUUGGCAUUCUUAGAAUCCCCUCAACUAUUGGAGAAAACUUUCCUAAUUCAUGUUCAAGAUGGAAAUCAUUAGAAGUACAUUGCAAUAACAGUCAGAGUUUACAGCAAUCUGCUGUGUCGACUAGUGACAGUCAGAGGCCACCUGAGCUUUAUUUCAACAGGUUGCAGCCUUGUGACAAGGAGUGUGAUGGAUUACAUAGGCAUAAAUUUGGUCGAUUUCUGGCCCGUGAAGCUGCUCUUGAUGAAGAAUACUGGACAGCAGCAUGGUUGCGUGCAGAAGCUCAUUGGGAAUCUGUAUCAUACAUGCGGCACAUAGAAGCAUUCAAAAGAAAGUAUGCAGAGCAGGAAUUCUAUGCACUGAAAAGGCGAUGCUCUGGACAAGAUGGGAACGCCCUAAAGUGCUUCUGUCUAGUUGCAGUGAAAAGGGAGGAGAAAAAUUUCAGGAGAACUGUGCUUAACAGUGUUGUUGGAACUCUAGAUGUAAGCAUACGACAAUUUUUGCAAGGAGAAACAUAUCCAGGGGAGACGAAGAGGUCAUCUGGAAUCUUGGCAAGUCAGGUGCCCUUUGAUGCACACAAGUAUGCGUAUGUCGCUAAUGUUUGUGUUUCAAAGUUUGCUCGACGUCAGGGAAUUGCUUCAAAUUUGCUCUAUUUGGCCAGUGAUGUUGCUAUCGCAUCAGGUAUGAAGCAACUGUUUGUUCAUGUUAAUUUAGACAACAAGGCUGCUCAAGAAUUAUACUCUAAAGCCGGUUUUGAGAUUGUGGAGGGUGCAUCAUCCGCUUCAGAAGUUCAGAGGCUUUUAAUGUUGAAGGUGCUAUGAGACUUUUAUGACUUUCAUACAAAUUUAUAUCCAACACAUGUAUAUAUUUUUUUAACCUCUAUAAAGGUAUCUCUCUACCUUACGCGUAGUCCAUUGUUCCUUCUUCCCCCCUCUUUGCCUGUUUCAUUAAGUAGAAGUUGCCAAUUUAUUUUAACGUUUGGCAUGUACAACUUCUAGCAACCAAUGUGUAACUUGUAAAUAUGAUGUCUGGUUUCAGUGUUUCUGUACAUAAUGAAAUACUUGCUAAUGUAAGCUGUUAUAUCUGUUGUGGUGUCAAUCAUUUGAUGCAUUUUUUUUCUUU